AUGUCACAACACAACCUCUUCUCCUGCGCCGGCGCCGGCGCCCUCCUCCUCUCCCUCUCCCCCCGCCGCGCGCGCGCCCGCCGCCGCGCCCAGGCCGAGCGCGACCGCGACUACGCCGCCAACUUCGCCGCCCUGCAGGCCGAAAACGAGAAGCGCGUCGACCGCCUGACGAGCCUCGUUUCCUCGUCGUCGUCGGCCACGGCCACGCCCACGACGUGGGAACAGUGGCGGCGGCGGCAAGAGGAGGAACAGGAACAGCGGCAGGAGGCUGGCGCUCACCCGCGGUUGCCUGGGUAUGAGGAGCUGGAGGUGGAGGUAGAGGUGAUGCAGGGGAGGAGGAGGAGCUGGCGGAAGGAUGGAGCGGGCGCGGACGCGGGUGCGGGCGCAGGCGUAGGCGCGGGGGAUGAGGCUGAGGCGCUGCGGCGGCGGCCGUCGUAUGUGGCAGGUGAGGAGCGAGUCACGGGGGGUGAGAUGGGGGCGGGUGGUGGUGGUGGUGGUGGUGAUGAUGAUGAUGAUGGGGAGGGGGACGGGGAGGAGCGGGCGCGGAGCCUGAGGGCUAGGAGGAGCAUGGUGGAUAGGAGGGAUUGGGGUGCUGUUGCUGCUGUGGCGGUGUCGACGCCACCAUUGGGCUCGGUAACGACGACGACGACGACGACGACGACGACGACGGCGGCGGCGGCGACGGCUACGGCUACGGCUACGGGUGCGGCCGUGGUCGCAUGA